CAGGAGGAGGCUGAAGCAUGGAUGGCUUGACUGCGUUUUGCAAGCUACGGGUGAACGUCUAGAUUGGAUCAAAUUAUUCCACACCUUUUCUUUGUGUUUGUAUGAUUCCAUUGCGCCACAGACAGAAGGACCGCUUUCCCCCCAGUGCGUAAGUGAACCACAUUUUUUGGUGAUCUAUUGAGUGGAGGCAAGUUAAUUUUUGACCUAACUUCUGAGUUCCUGGAUUACUUGGUGGGGGGCCAAGGGAACUGGCAAUGGGAGCGUGCCUUUGCUGUGCCUCGUACAUUUUUAUAGCCUGGUGCCAAGGGACAACAACAACAUGGGAAGCGGUAGUAGUCGUGGAAAGAAAGUUGCACCUGGGAGUGUCAACGAGAUAAACGCAUUCAAAGGAGAGGACAACACAGUCCAUGUUUCGAAAGAGGAAAGUCACUUGUUCAAACCAUUGAAUAUACCCAAAUUGACGAACUUCAAUCAGUCACGAAACAUAACGCAACAACUAGACUGCCACAGUGAAGGACACGACUCGGAAUUUUCAGCAGAGGAUGAUGACAUUGAUGUGGAACUGGACCGGGUUCUAGAGGAAUAUGACAAUCGGGAAUUGCGUUCCAAAAGGAAAACGUUUGAAAAGACGCUUUUAAUCGGGUCAGACGCGUAUGGAUUCUGUAAUUCCAAACGGGUCCACAAUGAAAGCGAUUUCAAUUCAACCCCUCACUUGCAGAGUUCUGAGUUGUCGGAAGGGACGGGGGCACAUUGUCCAUAUAACGGUUCUGUAGGAGUCAGCAACAAGGACAAGCAUGUCUUUCACCACAUUUCCAAAGAUACACAGAUUCAGUUCCCAAGCGCCACUCAGGAAAAUGACUUCUUGACAAAGGGAACUUGGGUGGAAUCAGUGCCUCGCUCAGAAUCAGACUCAGUCCCUGAUGAUAGCCAUGGCCCCUCUCUUUCCACGCCCGUCAUCCUGUAUGAUGGAUCUGAAGUGGACCUGAUGGAGACCAUAGAGAGAGAGUUUAGUUGACCCCACAGGAGAGACUGGUGGCAACCUGCUCACAUUUCCUGCAUUCACUUUUGGAGAAGCACAUUGCUCAUUUUAAAGAUGUACUAAUUCUAAUAGUUCGCCUAAUUUCAGUUUAUGUGUCAAAACAAGCAAGUUUAGUGUAAGGAAUCAUUGUACCAUCUAAAUCGCUGUGAAAUAUAUUUCCUUUCCUUUUCUCCAUGGUUAUGUAUCUCAAUGGCUAAUAGACAGAACCAUCCAUUUCCAUGUGGAAUUCAACAUCAAAUCGGACCACAAAAAUGCUGAAGGAACAAUUCUUUCCACGGUCUUAUAAAUAUUUGUCAUUGAGCAAUGUACUUGUGGUUUUGUAUUCUUACUGUUGCAUAACGUUAGAGUAAAAGAGCUGAAGGACGUUGCACUCA